CAGGAUAUCCUCAUUUUCCAUCUCACUGCUUGACGUUCAAGAGCAAAGAGAGAUGGAUAAGCUCAAGAACUCUGGAACAAUAAAGAGGGCUACUAAUGCUUUCAAUAAGGAUACUAGCAAAGAUGGAGCUGUAAUUAGUCAACAAACUAACAUGCGUGGUUUAACGCAAUAUAUAGCAGAUUUAAGAGCCUGUAGGAUUAGGGAGCUAGAGGAAAAGCGUAUAAAUAGGGAAUUGGCUCAUAUCAGACAGCGAUUUAAGGAAGGCGAUAUGACUGGCUAUCAAAAGCGUAAAUACGUCGCAAAGAUUUUGUUCACUUAUAUACUUGGUUAUAAAGUUGAUAUCGGUCAUAUGGAAGCUGUAAACCUCAUUUCAAGUACACGUUAUUCAGAGAAACAGAUGGGAUAUCUUGCAUUAACGCUGCUUUUACAUGAGAACAGUGAACUCACACGACUUGUGAUUAACUCUAUACGCAAAGAUCUUGACGAUAUGAAUGAAGUAAAUAACUGUUUGGCAUUACACGCAAUAGCCAACAUCGGUGGUAUGGAAAUGGCAGAAACAUUAUCGGAAGACGUACAUCGCUCUUUAAUUUCGCCAACAUCAACUUCCUUUGUCAAGAAAAAGGCAGCUCUUACACUUCUCAGAUUGUAUAGAAAAUAUCCUGAUAUCGUUCCAGUUAGAGAAUGGGCUUUGCGAAUCGUUAGCGUUAUGGAUGAUGAGAACUUAGGUGUUAGUUUGGCGGUUACAUCACUUAUCAUGACACUCUCACAAAAUGAUCCUGACGCGUUCGCAAUUUGUUAUCCGAAAGCUGUUGAUAGGUUAACCAAAAUCAUAAUCGAAAAGAAAUACACUGGUGAUUACCUUUAUUACAAAGUACCAUCACCUUGGCUCCAAGUGAAGUUGCUUCGUUUGUUGCAAUACUAUCCUCCUUCUGAAGACCCAGCGAUAAGGCUAGCCAUUAACAAUGUCCUCAAUGCCAUUUUAUUGAAUUCGCAAGAUAUACCAAAGAACGUACAACACGCCAAUGCUCAAAAUGCUGUUUUAUUCGAGGCAAUUAACUUAUCCAUACAUUUAGAUACAGAUUCAUCCAUAGUUAACGCAGCUAGUGUCCUACUCGGGAAAUUCAUCAUGAGCAAGGAGACCAACGUUAGAUACCUCGGUUUAGACACCAUGGCUCAUCUUGCUGCUUGUGCAGACUCACUUGAGCCUAUUAAACGUCAUCAAAAUACCAUCCUUAUGGCCUUAAAGGAUAAAGAUAUAAGUGUUAGGAAGAGAGGCCUCGAUUUGUUAUUCAGUAUGUGCGAUACCAUCAAUGCCAAACCAAUCACUGCUGAAUUACUUGCCUAUCUUCAAAAUGCUGAUUACGGUUUGCGUGGUGAAAUGACUCUCAAAAUUGCAAUUUUGACAGAGAAGUUCGCAACUGAUUAUAAAUGGUAUAUUGACACCAUUCUUCGCCUCAUACAGAUUGCUGGUGAGCAUGUCGGCAAUGAAGUUUGGUACAGAGUCAUUCAAAUUGUUACGAACACGGAAAGUUUACAACAAUACUCUGCUCACACGGUAUUUUCAUUCCUCAGACAACCAUCUUGUCCGGAAAAUCUCGUUAAAGUCGGAGCAUACAUUCUUGGUGAAUUUGGUCAUCUCAUCGCUGAUAAUCCAGGCUGUUCACCGAUUGAACAGUUCAACAUAAUUCACCUGAAGUCAAACUUUUGUUCAGCAUCAACACGUGCUCUGUUGCUCACAACUUAUAUCAAAUGGGUGAAUCUAUUUCCUGAAAUAAAAGACAUUCUGGUCAAUGUAUUUGACAAAUAUAGGUAUGUUCUCGAUUCGGAAUUGCAACAAAGAGCCAGUGAAUAUUACGCACUUGCAACUCGUGAAGAUGGCGAUCAAUUGUUGCAAAUUGUAUGUGAUGAAAUGCCACCAUUCCCUGAACGUGAAAGUGCUCUUCUUACGUCUCUCGACCGUAAGCAUGGCGAUACUCAAGAUUCAAGAACCUGGAUUAUUGGUGGUAAAGAUGCAAAUCGUGAUAGAAAUGUUGUACGCGCUAAAUCACUCAAUAAGAAGGCUCAAGGAGGCAUAUUAUCACGUGGUUCAGUUCUUUCGCCAACAUUUACCGGAAGUACUGGGACUAUGGAAGCACAGCCUACUGGCCAAUCUGGUCAAAAUGACCAACUACUCUCUCCUCAAGGUACGCAAAAUGAUGACUUCGUUGCACCACUACCAGAAAAGACAACAUCGGGUAUUUCAUUGAGCGCUGCACCAAUUCACAUAAUUAGGAAUGAUGCCAUUGAUAGCGCGUAUAUGCACUUGUUGUACAACUAUGAAGGUGUACUCUACGAUUCAGAUUUCCUCAAGGUGGUUGUCAGAUCGGAAUAUCAAGGACCCCUUGGAAGGUUAAUACUUCAAAUUAUUAACAAAGUUGCUUCAGCUACUCUUACAUCUUUUAGUGCUACCAUUGAUUCGAGUAAUGAUGAAGCACUUAACAUUACGUUCCCUCAAAUCAUGUCAAACUCCAAGAUUGUCGGUGGUGAGUCUGUAAAGCAAUCAGUACACGUAGAGUGCAAAGAUGUGUAUAGCGAGCCUCCAACUUUACGAAUGAGUUACAUAGCGGGAUCUCAUCAGACGCUGGCACUUCGUUUCCCACUUCUUCUAUCUAAGUUCCUGGAGCCAGUUGAACUCUCUCAAACAGAUUUCUUCGAACGCUGGAAGCAAAUUGGUGGUGCACCACGCGAAGCUCAAAUUAUCUUGCCAAUAAAUCUCAAAUUAGGCAAUAUAGACACCCAGAAAACCAAUGAAAUUUUUAUAGGUAAUAGAUUCAGUGUCUUACAAGGUGUCGAUCCAAACCCAGAAAAUUUUGUGGCAGCAGCUGUACUGCACAUGUCAACAUCAGGCAAAGUGGGUUGCUUAGUGAGAUAUGAACCAAAUAAAGAUGCAAAGCUUGCUCGCUUAACUUUGCGAACAACUAAUGAAGACGUCUCCAGCAAGUUGCUACAUGUACUGGAAAUGCAGUUAACGUCUAAAAAGCAUUAAUAAAUUUAAGUUAUAUACCUUUAUCUUUUUGUAAUUAAUCGUAUAAAAGUCAUUGCUGUGUUUUAGGGGCCCAUUCAGGCAC